UUUAACAACUGAAAAGAAAGUUGUUCAUAACACGUAACAAGAAAGACGUUGACGAGGCAAUAUCGGUACUUUGGGCACGCCACGUUCAACGUUGGCAAUGUCGUAACUGUCAACUUGCUCACUAUUUUCUGAUUUGAGCAAGUUACAGCUGCUCAGAGCCGACGGGAGAACACGGAUCUGACUACGUGGGAGGAGAAAGAGCGGCUCCUUGUUGUAUUUAGGACAUUGUGCGGUAAUUAGGGAUGUGAUAUGUGGCCGAUAGAGUAGAGAACUAGUUGGGGCGAAACCGCAUUAUCGGUGGUUCGAGAAGGGAGCCUAAUCCGUUUGCCUAAUCGAAAGUUCGAGGUUGGCCCACAUUCGAAACUAAACGCACACUCAAAAGAUACGUGACGCCAUCAAGAGACACGAUCUAAAGUAGGUGAAGGUUAGAUAGUACAGAAAGUACAGUAUCAGUCAGCGUGGUUUUACCAAAAGGCUGAAAUAUAAAAACUGUUGUUGUUUCAUCAUGCGGUUUUAGACGGUUAUUAUUAGGAUGGGUUGUGGAAGGUCCACAUUUCCAAUCGUUAUGUCAUUGCUACAGUAAGAUACCGUUUUUCAAAUACGCGUUAUAUCUCACCUCCAGUCUGUUUUAUACAUAUUUCUGCCACCUCAAACAUGAAGUCGCAAGCAGAAAACUGGAUUUACAUCAUCGUGACGUUGUCACUCCUGACUGGGGGUGGAGAAUGCCUUUUGCUCAGAAAACGACUUGUCCCAAUCGUACCGUUGAUCGCCAAAUUUGCCAUCAAGGAGCUGACGUCCUUUGGUAUCGACUCUCUGGCGGAUCUCUUCGCAGAAACCGGGAAUGCUGAAAAACUUGACUCCAUUUUGCAGAUUCUCAAUUCGAUCAAGGAUGAGCAUACAGAUUUCCUCAUAAAGCUUAAAGAGCUAAAGGAAUUGCAAACUGUACAUGAUGCAGAAAGGGUUGAACGAGGUCUCCUUGGUAUUCAUGACUAUUUGGACACAUUCAUCAAGUCUUAUAAAACGUGCUUGCUGGCAAAUGCAGCCAACAACUGUAACAAAACACCGGAGAAUGAAAAAGAGGCCUUGAAGAUGGAUUUAAUGAGGAUACCCAACUUGUUAACAGAACUGCAUUUGAUCAUAGAGGGGAUCAGCGUAGUAUCUGCAGGACGUACCUCUGGUCUAGCGUGUGAUUAUGUUAGACAUGUUCUCAGGGAGCUUCAAGCAGUCACAUCACAAAGUUAUAAUCUUAAACAAAGCUUGUCUGAUAUCAGCAGCUACAAAGAGGAGUUGAUGAGACUGCAGGUUAGUUCUUUUCAGCUGUACAACUUAACAUGUUCUGUGAACAACCCAACGUGUGCUGUAGUGAAGAAGAAACUGGAAGAACGCUUACUAGCUCAAGAAAGAAGAUUUCAAAAUUGCACGCCUCAGCAUUUCUCACAUGCUAACAAGGUAUAUAACAUAAACAUUAUCCAUCCUAAAUCCGGCACAGUUGUGUUUACCAAUCAGAAAAAAUCGAUUGUGAUUGAUGGUACUUUUGAUUGGGACAAAAUCGAUAAACCACAAGAUGCAGGACUGAGAUGUCCACGGAGAGAUUCUAGUGAGGUAUUUUCUUGGGAGGAGGCAUCGCCCGAUGGAAAAGCUGGCUUUUACCUGAGACAGAAGAGUGGAUGCUAUUUGAGUUUCGAUAGGCCUUUUGUGAUGUACAAAAAAGUGGUACCAACGUUUUGGACCAACAAUGAUAAAAUUGACAGGAAAGAGUUUCUUAUUUGUACAGCCACCAAAGAAGAUGCGGUCACAUUUCUGAUAGCAGCUGCCGGAGCAGACAUCGAUACAACAUACAGCUUCAAAGAAGUAGAAACUGGAAAAUAUUUGAACAUUCACACAGAGCGCACAAGUGUUAAUGACGAAAUCGACAAUAGACUGACAUUGGUACUCUUCCUUGACGAAGACCAAUUCUACUGGAAUCAGACACUGGAAGGAUCAAAUUACAGACCAUGUGAUGAAUCAUCAGCUGUUGCAGCAACAGACACAUCUGAUGGAAGCUACCUCGGACUUGUCAUCGGAAUUACCGUCGCGGUGGUUUUUCUUUUGACUCUAGUUGUGUGGUGCUGUUGCUAUUGCUGUUGCCGCAACUAACCCACUCCCAAACUCAACUUGACAUUAUGAUGAAGAUUUAUUUACAUAUUCAGCAAGUUUAGUUUUGAUAAAUACUUUGUGAAAAAUAACUAAUUGGUCAGACUAUAAUUUGCCUAUAAUUUGAGCAAAAACACAAGCAUUAGAUAUUUUAUCUUAUUGCCGUAACUUACAAACUGUAUGUAGGGAAAAUGGUGAUAAUCUUUCUCACUGAAACAAGCAGGAUUGUCGACAUUUCUUAAGGCUGGCAUUACGUUUAUCCAGGACAUCAUAAACCAACAACAUGUUGUUGCUGCAAUUUCGGAAUGUGUUCCUGUUGCUAACGGGGUAUGGGGUACGGUAUGUGGUUGGAAGUGCACCAAGUAACUGUGCUACUCACUAUCUGAUUCGUCACCCUGAUAAGACCCGAGUGUCCCGUGUGGGAAUAGUGUACACACACUCAUGUAUAUCAUCACAGUAGGUCACACAGUUGACAUGACGUAAACCUGCUUUAUCUCAUUUAACGUUUUGAUUGUAGUGUUCAUUGGAGAAUCUGUGGAAUUAAUACAAUUCGUGCAUUGCAAAUGUCUGACGGUAUCAAUUCUAUAAAUAUGACUUUUAUCGUGUAUAUAUACUUGGACAUAAAAACAUAAAAAAAACAUAUUGUUUCUGUGUUUUCAUAAAUGUUAAUGUUACAAAAGCUUCAGUGAUGAUUAUUGUUCAUUGUUCACGGACAAAAUUCUUAAAACAUAUGUCUCCUUCAAUGUAUAUAUGACCUGGAGUGAGUGAGUGAGUUGGGUUAAAGGCCGCUUUUUACAGUUUUCCACUU